GGCAGCGGCGGCUGCUGAAGACGCGAAGUGGAGGCUGGGGGUUGGUUUCCCGGGCCGGGCCCGGGCCAUGGGGAAGGAGCAGGAGCUUCUGGAGGCCGCGCGCACCGGGAACCUGGCCACCGUGGAGAAGCUGCUCUCAGGGAAGCGUCUCAGCUCAGGCUUCGGCUCCGGCGGCGGCUCCGGGUCCUCCGGCGGCGGUGGCGGCGGCGGCAGCGGAGGCAGCGGAGGAGGUGGUAGCAGCGGCCACCCGCUUUCCAGCCUGCUCAGUAUAUGGAGAGGACCAAAUGUGAACUGUGUUGACAGUACUGGAUACACUCCAUUGCACCAUGCUGCUUUGAAUGGUCACAAAGAUGUUGUGGAAGUUCUGUUGAGAAAUGAUGCAUUAACCAAUGUGGCUGACUGCAAAGGCUGUUAUCCUCUUCAUUUGGCAGCUUGGAAAGGAGAUGCUGAGAUAGUGAAACUGCUAAUACACCAGGGACCAUCCCAUACGAAAGUGAAUGAGCAGAAUGCUCUUGAGAUCAAAGAACUCAAAAAGUACGGCCCCUUUGACCCCUAUAUCAAUGCCAAGAAUAACGACAAUGAGACGGCACUGCACUGUGCAGCUCAGUAUGGCCAUACAGAAGUGGUGAAGGUUCUCUUGGAGGAGUUGACUGACCCUACUAUGCGCAAUAACAAGUUUGAGACACCUCUUGAUUUGGCUGCGCUCUACGGGAGACUGGAGGUUGUGAAGAUGUUGCUGAAUGCUCAUCCCAAUUUAUUAAGCUGCAAUACUAAGAAACACACACCAUUACAUCUUGCAGCUAGGAAUGGACAUAAAGCUGUUGUUCAUGUUCUCUUGGAAGCUGGCAUGGAUAGCAAUUACCAGACAGAAAAAGGGAGUGCUUUGCAUGAGGCUGCUUUGUUUGGCAAAACAGAUGUGGUGCAGAUACUGCUAGCUGUAGGGAUUGAUGUGAAUAUAAAGGACAACAGAGGCCUGACAGCAUUGGAGAUUGUGAGGGAACUGCCAUCUCAGAAAAGCCAACAAAUAGCAGCUUUCAUUGAAGAUUGUACAACAGGGAAGAAGUCAGCAAAAGCAGAAGAGAAGACUCCACCAGCACCAGCUACUUCUACUGAAGCCUCAGUCUGGGUGAACCAAGGAAAUGUGGAGAAAGCAGUGACAGAACUGAUAAUAGAUUUUGAUGGGAAGCCCGAGGAGUGUCCAUAUGAAGUCUUGUACAAUGCGACAUCCUGCCACUCUUUGGACAGCCUGGCCAGUGGAAGAUCUUCAGACAGAGACUCAGUGAACAGGGAAGCGGAGAUGACCAGUGUUAAAGUGACAGGAGUGAGGCCUAGAGAGCGUCCACCUCCUCCUGCCAAGCCUCCUCCUGAUGAAGAGGAGGAACAUGUAGAGAAGAAGCAAAGUGCAUCUUCUAAAGGUUUGGUCUCUAAAAGGAAGAGUAGGGGAAGCAUAGCUGAUGAUGAAGAAGAGCAUCCUUAUGAGUUGCUGCUGACAGCAGAAACUAAGAAACAAAUUGCAGUGGACAAAAAAACAAAAGGUGAAUCACCUUCAGGUGCUGCCAGCAGUGUCCAGCUCCAGGCUUGGCCACGAAAAGGUCCAUCUUCUCAGGAGGGCCAAUGGCCUCUGAAUUGCCAAGCUUCUUCUGAUUUUUCUUCUAGUCAUUCUGAGCAAUAUCCAAGUCCUGAAUCACACUUGGUAGAGAUGUCAAAAGACCAAAGGAGGAACAGCAGUAGCCACAGCCAAGCAGAUGCCCAGGAUGUCCAAGGGCUGGAUCAAUUCUCAGGUCUGUUGCAUGGUUCUUCUCCGGUAUGUGAAAUAAAUGAGGACCCUUUCAGACUUAUUUCAGCUGUGGGCAAAGGAAGUACAGAUGGGACUGCUAUGCAGCUGGAAGAUGUUGAGACAUCUGGAUCAGUACCGACUAGCAUUGCAGACCAAAAUAAAGUGGCCUAUUCAGCGAUCCAUCAUACCAGUGACAACAACUUGGACCCUGAAACUUUAGUACAUCCUCACUUGUCGCAGCACCCUGGCAGUGCCGAGGAAGGAGACAAGAGCUGUGUUGUGGGCAGAAUUCAUCCAGGAGGCAAGCCCAGAGCAGAACUGAAACUUAGCCGUAGCUUGUCAAAAUCAGACUCUGACCUUUUGACCACCUCACCAACAGAGGACGAUACUAUGGGGAGCAGAAGCGAAUCACUUUCCAAUUGUAGUGCUGGGAAAAAAAGGCUGGAAAAAUCACCUUCCUUUGCUUCAGAGUGGGAUGAGAUUGAGAAAAUCAUGAGCUCCAUUGGUGAAGGCAUUGACUUUUCUCAGGAGCAGCAGAAGAUGUCAGGUUCACGGAUGCUGGAGCAGAGUGUUGGGGAGUGGCUGGAGUCGAUUGGCUUACAGCAGUAUGAGAGCAAACUGCUUCUCAAUGGCUUCGAUGAUGUCCGCUUCUUGGGCUGCAAUGUUAUGGAAGAUCAAGACCUUCGAGAGAUUGGUAUCAGUGAUCCUCAGCAUCGCAGAAAACUUCUUCAGGCAGCACGCUCCCUUCCUAAGGUCAAAUCCCUGGGCUGUGAUGGGACUCAGCCCUCUGUUCCUGCAUGGCUCGACUCCCUGGGACUGCAGGAUUACAUUCAGUCAUUUCUGUCAAGUGGAUACAGUUCUAUAGACUCUGUAAAAAACCUCUGGGAGUUAGAACUAGUAAAUGUGCUCAAAGUAAACCUUCUUGGCCAUCGUAAGCGAAUAAUAGCAUCCCUGGCAGACAGACCAUAUGAGGAGCCUCCACAGAAACCACCACGAUUCUCUCAGCUAAGAUGCCAGGAUUUGAUAUCCCAGACAUCUUCACCCCUGAGUCAGAGUGACUCUUGUACUGGAAGAUCUGCAGAUCUUCUGCUACCUUUGGGGGAUGUUGGAAGGAAGAGACAUGAGAGUAGCCAUGAUGUUGCAUCUUACCCCAGAACAGAGAGACUCAAAGCACAGGAGGAGCGUCGUGAAUCCAAACUUACACUCAGACCUCCAAGCCUGGCUGCUCCUUAUGCCCCUGUCCAACACUGGCAGCACCAACCAGAAAAACUUAUAUUUGAGUCUUGUGGGUAUGAAGCCAAUUAUUUAGGGUCCAUGUUAAUCAAAGAUCUUCGAGGAACAGAAUCAACCCAGGAUGCUUGUGCAAAGAUGAGGAAAUCCACAGAGCAUAUGAAGAAGGUCCCAACUAUAAUAUUAUCUAUCACUUACAAAGGAGUGAAGUUCAUAGAUGCGUCUAACAAGAAUGUUAUUGCUGAGCAUGAAAUCCGGAACAUCUCUUGUGCUGCCCAGGACCCAGAAGAUCUUUGUACGUUUGCUUACAUCACCAAGGACUUGCAGACAAGCCAUCAUUACUGCCAUGUUUUCAGUACCAUUGAUGUAAAUCUAACAUAUGAAAUCAUACUGACGUUGGGACAAGCAUUCGAAGUAGCCUACCAGUUGGCUCUCCAAGCCCAAAAAUCAAAACCUCCAGGUGCUUUGACAGCUGAAAUGAUAGAAACAAAAUCUUCUAAACCGGUGCCUAAACCUCGAGCCAGCAUGAGGAAAUCAGCAGUGCCGCUCCCUCCCGAUAGUCGCUGUUGUUACUGUCACACCUGUACUACACACCGUCCCUCCUAUCUGCCGCUGCAUUCUGUUAGUCAAGGAGCUAAGCUGGAAUCAUCUGAAGUGGACCAAGAAGCUCAGUCCCAUGCUAGUGUGUCCUGGGUUGUAGAGCCCAAGCAGGAUUCCAAGAGGACCCUCAACACUAAGUAUGAGACCACUAUCUUCUGAAAACAAAUCCUGCAUCCAUCCAGUCUAUCCGUGCCUUUGCAGUCUGAUCUAUCUGCUGUUUUAAACCCCUCCUUCCUCCCAUUGCUGGCACUAGGUGUGGCACCAUCAGAGACAGCAGCACUAGGAUACUAUAAACAGCCUUUUGUAUCUGAUUUCUACUGAACACUGUGAAUUCUCCUAAUGGAAACAAGGGUAACUUACUGAGAGAGCCACCUGUUUUAGAUGUCUGAGAGGUGGGAGAAAUGAAGCAUAUGGGAGGCGAAUAUGUGGAUUGUGGAAGCAACCUGAUGUUUGACUUUCUCUUCAUUUUGACACUGUGAAUUUGUGGGGUGAAGUAACACUCCAUAGGCCUUUUCUAUUUAGCAUUCUUAUUCUUGGACUGUUCUACAACUGGUCUCAUGUAUACAUGCUGUUGCAAUCUAGAUUUAUACCUCCACACUGAGCCAUGGCCACAAACUGUUCCAACAAGUAGCACUCCUUUACCUGUCAUCUCAGAAGAUACUAACCACUGUGAUACUGCUUGCAAACCUCUUGCUCACCUGAUUUCCUAGCAUGGAUCCUGCUCAGUCUUUGCUGUACCCGGAUAUCUGAAUGCAUGGAAUAAUUUAAAAGUCUACUGGGCAGCAUGACUGCUCUGAAUCAACACUUUCUCAUUUUGUUAGGAGUCAGGCUUUAAACAGCGAAUGCCCAGAAGGAAUGUUUUCUGCUGUUAAAAAGGAUGCUUUUUUGACAUCUCUAGUAUUUACCACUCAAUCUUUCUGUUUAUGCUAACCGAUCUGCUUAAAAAUCAUUCUGUAUCACAUUUUCUGGGCUCUGAUUUAAAUUGAACCUUUCAAAGGCACAUGUGACUAAUUCUAAAUUCAGGACAGAAAUUAACAGUAUCAGAUAAGGCUGCAGGUCUAGACAAGUAGGAAAAGAAAGGGGUUGGAAUAUUUCAUUAUAUUAGAACCAUUGCCCUUUUGAAUAAAAAUGGCCAACAUUUCUUCUGAACAUGUUGCUCUGGAAUAUGGGUAGAAAGCAUAAGGCCCACUGGUCACAUCUGGAUUCCUGGAGUUCCUCAGCUAUUUCUUCAAUCAUUUGGUGAAGUCCUGAUUUUUGUGCAAUUUUCCUCAUUCUAAAGGUUUGAAAUGCUUCUUUCAGAUUGAAAGAGGUCCAAGCUCCUACUAUAGAACAUGUUGUAUGUAGUAUGCUGGGCCCAUUGGUGCUAUCAAAAUAUUUGUCAUUCACCUAUAUUCAGGCAGGCUAGUAGUCUAUUUAGCUUCUCUUAUUGUUCAAAUACAAACUUUGUCUGGCUCCUUAAAAGAUUAUUUCAAAGAAAGGUCAUAACCUGGAUUACAAUCAGCUCUCAAUACUAAGUUUAGGCCUAGUCUCUUAUCCUCAAAGCAUUUAGAUUUGAUACUUGUUACUGGGUUAAAACAGAAGUUUUUGUACAAAGGUAUCAAGAAAAUGUCAUCCUUGUCUAGUCUAAGUGAGAGAAGAAAUCAAAAAGCAAACGAAUUUCUUCUUUUGAGUAGUUUAAAUCCCCAUGUUAGUGGCUGCUAAUCAGAUAUUUUGCAGUUGUUAUGAUCAGUUUUAGAAAUUACUAGUACUUUGUUCUUUUGAAAACCUGGUGACAUAGUACAUGUGCCUUUUAAUGGUAAAAUAACCAAAAAAUAUCAGAGCAAUUUGUUAUGAAUAGGGGACUUCUACAAACACAAAGCUUAUGGCCUCAUUAAUUUUUCCAUCACUGUAAUCUUAAACUUCCCUUGGAUGUUUUGUAUGAAUGAAAUUGCUCCUUCCCUAUUUUUCUUUCCAUUAAUAUUGUCCCCAUUCUGUUUACCUUCUGCCAAGCUGAACUGCAGACAUCCGCAUUCCACCAUGGAAAUGUAGUAAAUGGGCAGAACACUUAAGAAGCAGUGAAACCCUGGCGAUAUGAAGAUCAACAUCUGGCUCUGGGAUGUGUCCUUGGCUGCUCAUUAAGGACUUCCAGAGUUGAGUAAAAAAAGGGAUUCCAGUCACAAGCUAACAAAAAGCAGUAUGUGUUUCUAGCAAGACAAUUGAAACAUCUGAGGUUAAGAGACUGAUGCCAUGUGCUCCGGUUUGAAACAGUUGUGUCUUUGGGGAGGUUUGCUAAUGUGCAGUGAUCAUAUGAAAUCCAAAAUUUCAGGAUACAAUUGAUAGAAGUGGAGAAUCUUAACUGCUAAAAGAAAACACAAAUGCCUGUCUUAUAAUAUAGGUUGGGAGUGUAUGCUUUCACUUUGGCUUAAAUAAGUAGUAGACAAAUUCCGAAAUUGCUGCAAUCUUAAAUUUGCUUUGAAGGUACAAGCACCUAAGUUGACCAUCAUCAAACCAUUUGUAACUUAGUUACAAACCUUAGUAAGCAUUUAAGUGGGAGAUAGGGCAUUUUAAUGAAUAUAUCAAUAUUUUAACCCCUGUGCUGAACAGAAGCUUGUUUUCACUGCAAAGAAAUAUGCAAUUGCAGUCUUUCUGUUCUGUAAAAGUACCACCCACACACACACACAGUAUACACAAACUGGACUUUGGACCCUUAUAUUUCAUUCAUGUACCAUGUUUUUUAAAAUGUGGUUAUGCCCUAAUGAUUUGAGAUUUUAAGAAGUUUAUUCACUGAGUAGCACUUUUUAUACUAGCUCAUAAUUUAAGUAUGCUUAGUACAACCAUUUCAGAAUAUGAAAAAACAUGGAGAGAACUUUUGGGCAUUAUGCUAAAAGUUGAUUUUUUGUUCUACGCCAGUCAAAAAUGACUGCUUCAGAUGGAAGCUGUGCUUAUAAUUAUGCUUCACAUAAAGUAUCACAGUCUCAAACAUUGGUUUUGGCUGUGAUGCAUGCAUCUUUCUAUACCCUGAGGGAAGAUAAGGAAGUGCAAAUAAGUCUGUGGCAGAUGUGAUAGCUUGUGGUACCCUGCUACUGUGUUAAUGGCUUGUUUCAACUUUUGUUACUGCUGUAUCUUUUAAGAUGUAAUUUAGUCUUAUUCCUGUUGAUGAAAGGGGGUUGGGGGAACCAAACCACCACCCAAAAGGCCUGGAUUUGGAAAUAGUGGAUGAAUUUUGGAAAUGUGACAUUCCUUUAUAUGCAUAUGUAACUGAUAUGCUGGUGUUGGUAUAAAUAUUGCUGUACUGAGAAGUCUGUUCUGAGACAAGACAAACUGAACUGUUCUGCUAUGAAGGGGUAGCCUUAGAACAUGGUGACAGAGAGAGAUUGCAAAAGCUUACAACUUGCUUCUUCCAGUUAUCAGGUGCUUCCUUUCUAAUCUUACAUGAAUAUAGCAAUACUUCUAAGUGCAUCUCCUGGUUAUGCAUUCUUUUUAAGAUGGCAAUCAAACACAUCCUUGAGUUUGACUUUCCUAGAGAUUAUACUUAAUUUUCAGGUUCCAAACAGUAUGAAUAUUUUGCAGUAUUUGAAGUGCUUGCCUCUAUGGAAUUUGCAGCACACUAAGAAAAAUAUAUUCCUCAUACUCAAAUGUAUGUUUGAUUUUAAUUGAAAAUGCUGUUUUAGCACCAGCCUCUGCUCCUGUGGCAUCAUCUGUCUAUGCUGCUUUUGCCAGCAUUCCAUUUGUUCCCAUUUUCAAAAUGAUGUGAUAUGUUUUCUGUAGACUUAUUCUUACCUUGUAUAUAUAUAUAUCCAGGAUGAGAACACACUAUUGAUGCUAAGAUAGAUGAGGGAAUUAUUGCUUCUCUCUUGAAUGGGGAAAUCACCUUAUAAAAUCAAACUCUUGUCAUCUUUUUAUUCUGUAUGUACUAUUGUCAGCACACAGAAGCUGGCAUUAAGACUAUCAUAAUCUGUGAGGAAAGUGCUUCAAUUGGAUAUAUAUAAAAAUUCUGCUGACCCCUCCAGAAGAUCAAUUCCAGAGCAGCUUCAGGUGGUGAGCUGUGCUGUUCUUGUAAAUCAGAUAUCUGAUGGUACCUCACUUUUUUGAAUAACUUCAUCUGUGAAACUAAAAUGAGUUGGAUGACUUCAGUCCAACAUUGUCUCCUUUUGCAUGAUCAGUAUGAACAUUAUCAACAGGAUUUUCCACUAUGCUUGCACCUAAAAAGGGCAGGUAGAUUCUUGGUAACGGGCAGUUUGGUUUACAAUAUAACGUUUUUUGCUAAUUGUGAUGUAUGGCAGUGGGACUGAUUUGUAAUAAAAAUGUUAUUUAAUCUGUCUUUGUAUUUUGAUACUUGAACUAUUUCCUUUUUAUUUCCUGUAUAUAAAAUCGUUAAUCUGUCCAUUUUUGUGGUACCAGGCAUAACCAAUCUGUGCAACAACAUAGACUGACCUCACUACAACAAGGCGAAACUGUAAAUAUUCCUGGGCUUCCAGCAGUCGUUUUGUUGUUUUUUUUUUUCAUAAUUGUAUGACUUAGAACAGACUAAAUUAAUAAAAUUAGACAUCUCUGUA